AUGCAUCAUAUACCGGUUCAGCCAGUCGGGUGUCUCGACGAAAAGGCACAGGCCAUUAGAGCCGAGGAAACGGCUGAGGACACUAAUGAACACGAAAACACCAAGGAACUUGUUAUAUCAUGGCUAGCGCGAUGUAUACACAACCUUGAUGGGAAACACGAUAUCUGCAACCAAGGCGACAAUGACUACACCCCUCUUCGUCUUUUGGAUGUCCGACAUUCUCUAGAAAACAAUAUGGUUCUCCUAGUCUGUCGAAAUGAGGAGGACGAUACAUUCGAGGGCGUUGAAUACGCGACUUUGAGUUACUACAGAGGUCCGAGUGCGGCUGCAGAAAACCCAAUGCUGGUGACACAGAAUCUUGAAACUUGGCAAACAGAGGGUCUCAGCUGGGAUCUCCUUCCAAAGACCUUCCAAGACGCCUUCAGAAUUGCAUCUUGGUUAGGGCUGAACUGGAUUUGGAUUGACUCCAUGUGCAUCAUCCAAGACUCUCGAUCGGAUUGGAAAUUCGAGACAAAAGUGAUGGAUGAAAUUUAUGCGGGUGCUAAAGUCAACAUUUCAGCUGAUAUUGGAGAAGACAGUCAGGCAGGCUGCUUUAUGCAACGCCAAAAGGCCGACUGCAAUCCCCAGGUCCCUGAGGAAGAGUGUGCAGGGACGGCGGACCACAAAUUUGAAUUGAUGAACUCUGCACCUUCACUCACGCGAGCUUGGAUUCACCGUGAGAGACAAUUAUCAAGGCGAAUUAUACACUGCACCGCCAAAGGAAUGAUCUGGGAAUGUUGUGCGCUUGAUAAUGCCGGCUUCGCUAGCGAAACAAUACCAAGAGGGUCACCCUUCGUGAAGGCUUUCAACGGAGAGACGAAGUUCCAAAUUCAGAUCGCAAACGCUUCAGAUCGGAACCUAAGAAGUAGCGAACGGCGGGAAAGGCUACACAUGCUGUGGAACUCAACUUGUCAAGAAUUCGCAAACAAAGCUGUUUCACAACCGUCAGACUUGCCUUAUAUACUCUGGGGCAUGGCUUUUCAAUUCCACACACUGUUCAAUGGCGAGGAAUUCGCUUGCGGACACUGGCGAUCUAACUUGGCUGAGUCACUUACCUGGUGGAUUCCUGGGGUGAAACCCGAACAUGAGGAGUACCUGGCACCUUCAUGGUCCUGGCUCAGCGCUGGAUGUCCGGUCCAAUUACCUCAACUAGACCCUAAGAGGCAUAAGCGAACUGUCGUCGACAUACUCUCUAUCUCAAGGGCCUACGAAUCACGUCCCGAUAACGGCUUUGGUAAGCAUGCUCCCGGGUCGUCCGUGUCUGUGCAUGGCUUCUUGCGUAAGCUACGCUUUGAUCAUAGCGGUAAUGAAGAAGGUGUCAUUACUUUGAGUGUCGUUGAGGAGGAUGAACACGGCAACCCUCGCAUCCGUCGCAUCGGCCCAAGCACAAAUCUCAAUAACGAUCCUGCGUUUCGUAUGUCGAUGGACCGGUAUGAAAAACUGCCUCCUCGAGGAUUGGAAUGCUACGCCCUGUUCACAACGUUGCAGGAAUCUGCAAAUGAUGAAAUCGAGUGUCAGCGACAUCUUGACUGUAUCUUGCUGGAGUACGACUCGGUUAAACACAACGGGCAUUAUCAGUACCACACGUACAAGAGGAUCGGUACAAUGGAUAACAUUAGCGAUUUGUACAGUCUGAAACUUCGUUAUCGGGUUGCACCCACGGCGACAAUCCCGGAGGCUGCCGUGUUACAAGACGAUAUAUGGGCUUUGCUUUCCCAGUACCUCAGCUACACCCGCCGGUCCGUCAUCCGUAAAUUCAGGAAGAGCGGGGUGCCAGAUGAAAGCGGAUAUUCAACUGUUGAAGUCUCAGAGACAGAUGAUAGCGAAUGGGAAGAGGAGUUGUGGACAUCGCGACCCCAGAGUGCAGUUAACGUCAACGAAAACGAACAGCAAAAAGAAGUACGAUCCGUUUCUUCAGAGAUGUUCGACGAAAGUACAGGUUUACCAGAUGAUUUGAGCACCACUAGUGAGCAGGAACAAGUUGAUGAUGAGGUACAGAGACACCACCUAGAGCUUGUUCACUUGCGUGACAUAAUCACGCGAAUUCAUAACCACCCAUCCUCGGGUGUCACACCAGUUACUGCCGCGGAGUACAAAGAAGAAGUAUCGCAUAAUUUGCAACAAAUAUUGUCGUUUGAAUCAGAGACGGUGGCCUACGGAGUUAAUAUUCAAGAGGAUCCAGGGGCUAUCUUAUAUCAGUUUGAUGACUUGUUGAGGAUAUGUCAGAAGAAAUAUAAUGUAGUACCUUGGUUGAAACAGUUGGAGUCUUCUGUAUUUAUAAUCGCCUAA